UGCGUCAUAUUGUAUCAUCACUAUCAUUUCCCGUUGCUCUAGAGAAAUCGAGUUGACAAAAAGUCACAAACUGAUAAUCCCAUAAACAUAAUAUCCAAAGGAUACACUUGAUCAAAAUGGUCGUCAAGGUUGGUAUUAACGGUUUUGGCCGUAUUGGUCGUUUGGUUCUCCGUGCUUCUUUGGCCUACGACAACCUCGAGGUUGUUGCUAUUAACGACCCAUUCAUGACCGCUGAUUACAUGGCUUACUUGCUGAAGUACGAUUCUGUUCACGGCACUCUUGGUGAGACCGUCUCCGUUACUGCUGACACUCUCAAGAUUGGUUCUCGUUCUAUUAAAUUGUUCUUCGAGCGUGAGCCUUCUCAGAUUCCAUGGGGACAGAAUGGCGUAGACUUCGUUGCUGAGUGCACUGGUGUAUUCACUAGCAGUGAGAAGUCACAACAGCACAUUGCAGGUGGUGCCAAGUUGGUCAUUAUUUCUGCUCCUCCCAGCGACUCUACUCCCAUUUACGUUUACGGUGUCAACCACACUAAAUAUGAGAAGUCUCAGCGCAUCGUUUCGAACGCUAGUUGUACCACAAACUGUUUGGCUCCAUUGGCUAAGGUUAUUCAUGAGAAGUUCGGCAUUGUCGAAGGCCUUAUGACCACUGUACACGCCACCACUGCUAACCAGCUUACUGUUGACGGUGCUUCCCGUGGUGGUAAGGACUGGAGGGCUGGUCGCUGUGCCGGUGCUAACAUCAUUCCUGCCUCCACCGGUGCUGCCAAGGCUGUAGGCAAGGUCAUUCCCGAGUUGAAUGGUAAGCUCACAGGUAUGGCCUUCCGUGUUCCUACCCCCGAUGUCAGUGUCGUUGACUUGACCUGCAAACUCGCCAAGCCAGCUACUUAUGACGAAAUUGUUAGUGCUGUUAAGGCUGCUUCUGAGGGUGAACUUAAGGGCAUUCUUGGUUGGGCCGAUGAUGACUUGGUUUCCACCGAUUUUGUUCACGACAAGAGAUCUAGCAUCUUUGACGUCAAGGCCGGUAUUGCCCUUACCGACACCUUCGUAAAGUUGGUUUCAUGGUACGACAAUGAAUGGGGAUUCUCCAACAGGCUUCUUGACUUGGGUCUCUACAUCUGUUCGAAGCAGUAAAUCUUGCUUUCUUCUAUAAAUAAGAAUACAACACGUACAUAUAUCUGAAAUCAAUUCUAACCAACACAUAUGUU